AUGCCUCCCUCUCUCCCGGUUGGCAAAUAUGUUCGCAGCCCAGACAGCGCCAGCCGCAGCCCCUGCCCAGUAGUCAACGCGCUCUCGAACCACGGCUAUCUCGAGCGCGACGGCAAGAAUAUCUAUAUGGCCGAUCUGACCGUGGCGAUGCGACAAGUGGGAAUGAGUCCCUUGCUCGGCUCCAUUUUUGCCGUCCCAACCUACUUCGAGUACCACAACCCGGACAAGGCCUACCUCCUGCCUCCUGUCAGCGCAUGGCAGAAGUUCUGGGGCCUUCUCAUGAACCCUUACUCCUUCUUCUCUUACUUUGGCUGCUGGAAGCCGCAGCAGUACGACCAAAGAGGCAAGAAAUAUCUCAACCUUGAGAAUCUCGCCUCCCACGGUGCGAUUGAGCACGACAUUUCUCUCUCGCGCCGCGACUACGCUCAAAAACAGGGCAACAACAAGCCGCAGGAAGAUCUGAUCCAGGACAUGCUCAAGUGCUCUCUCGACGGUGAGACCCUCACCAUCGAUGACCUAGCCAGGUUCAUCAGGGCAAGGAUCAAGCAGCAGCUCAACGAUAAUCCGGACCUCGUGUACGGCCCUGCCCAGCACCAGGUCAACUGCGGUCAGAUUGCGCUCAUGAUGGGAUGCUUUGGUGACGGCCAGACUAUCCCUGUGAAGUAUGUUCGGGCCCUCUUUGAGGACGAGAGGCUGCCCGUUAAUGAGGGCUGGACCAAGCGAACAUGGUGGUCUAUGGGCGUGGUUGAGUUCUUCCGGUCGGUAAACAAUCUUGUUAACAGGAUUAAUGUCACAAUCUAG